UCCGUGCAGAAAGACCCCGGGUUGGGAAUCGAACCCAGGACCUUCUUGUUGCAAGGCAACAGCACCACUGCUGACACAAUGCAGUUGGUAGAAAUGAAAGCAGUGAAAAAAAGGUAGCAUGUAGGUACAAAAUAAAAAUUCAAAUCACUAAUUGUCAAAAUAACAGAGACAACAUAGGACAACGCUCAUCAUCAGUUAUAGGAAGAGUAUGAAUUAGAAAGGUAUGCAUAAUUUUUUAAUAUGGCAUCUUUUAAGUAAAAUGUAAAUAUUAAUAUAUAUAUUGUGAUGUUUUGAAAAUUGUCUAUAUCAUUUCUCUUCUGAGACAAACUUCUGGUUUAAGUGAAAAUAUAUUUAGCAAACCUGCCAGAGGCAUGAAUCAUUGUGGUACUGAAUAUCUAUAUGUGAACGUGUUUGGAUGUAAAACAUGUAUCUAUAUGUUUUGUGGUCACACUGAGACAAAAAGACUAAGGGUUUGUCCUAAUAAUUUUUACCAAACCAGUACUUUCAAAAAGCACAUGUAGGCAAAAUGUGGAAAAUUUUGUUUUUUAAAUUGGUAUUGGUGCUCAUUAUCUGGACCCUUUAUAACAGAGAAUUUAGGGAUUUUCCCACCAUGUUAAUUUUUUUUAUCAAGCUAAAUAAUCAGUUGAGAAAAUAAUGAAACAACCAUAGCUAAACUACAUGCUUAAAAUGACCCGUAGACCAGUUCUCCUUUGAGUCUGCUUUCUGUUCUCUCAAGCCCCAGUCUGUUGUUCCUUUCCACUUUCACCACAUGCUUUCUCAGUUAAGAGACUCCUGCAAAGUAUACCUAUCAAAUGCAAUCAUCUGUCCUCGGUUGCCAUAUUCUUGCAAAGGAGGAGAAACAAAGUCAUUAAUCUGUAUUCUAUUAGCUGGACUUCCUUACCAAGAUAACUUUUACCAAUUGUACUGUAUUAUAUUUACAAUAGAACUGGACUGUGGUUAAAUGCAAAUGUCUAUAUUGAAUGUACUGGCAUCAAUUGGCAUGCUUUUAUUAUGAAUUGCUAUAUAACUGAAUACAAAAGGAAUCUGUUUGUCUUGCACUGCAUAAAUUAAAUCGAACUGAACUAGGAAAAUAAGGCUAAUUAUAACAGUCAAACUACAUAAGUCCCCAUUUAAAACAUUUUGUGACCUGGGACCCAGGGGCCCUGGUGACAUGGAACCGCCUUGUGUUUGAACAUGAGCUAAAGCGUCUCUGCCAUCGCGUGUUUAUGAUAGAACAACAGCCGUUGUAUUAGCAGCUUAUCAGCAUUAGCGCCUGCUGCUCGCUCUGCCCCCCCUCCGGGGUGGGUGUGCGUCGUCGACGCUGUUACUGUCUCUUUAAAUUUACCCAGGAGCCCCUUAAGGAGCCCCAGGGGCCCCUAGUCCGGCUCCCCACCCAGAAGACAAGCAAGAACCUUAAAAUACAUUACUGGAGGCCUAAGCUGAGACGAGUCUUGCUUGAGCACUACAAAGUGUUUUCGCCGGCGGAUUGAGUGAUUCUAUGAAAAGUUAACUUGGCUCCCGUGCGGGGCGCGUGGGAGAAACCCUGGAGAACACGGGCUCCAGAACGAUGAGCGCCAGCCAGAUGCGUGUCGAACGGUGCCGCGCGGCGGAACAUGUUCCUGCUGUGACAUGUUGUUCAUGUGUGAGUGACAUGUCCCGCUCCGCCGCUUCGACCCGCUGAGGAGGGAGGUAGUACACGAGCUACAACUACAUCAACAGCAAGGCCAGUGAUGGAAGAGAAAGAGACGGGGGAGAGCGAGCCAGUGGACCUCCGCUCUUCCGAACAGUCUGAGUUGCUCUCAUUAAUAAUAAGCGGAGAGGAGGAAACGACGCAGGAGGGGAGCGACUUGGGAGAAGACAAUCUUGCCAAUGGCCAUGGUGGAGAGGACUCUGAGACAGCGCCCGGGCCUUCGGGACGCAAACCCAGGGUCCAGAGAGCGUCACGUCCAGGCCUGAGCAGGAUUCCUGGCCGCGAUCACCGCCGCUACUACCACGAAUACUGGCGCAGCGAGUACUUGAUGGACUUUGAUCCCCAAAGGCACGGAAUGAUCUGCAUGGUGUGUGGCAGCACGCUCGCCACCCUGAAGCUCAGUACCAUCAAGAGACACAUCAGGCAGAAGCACCCGGACUCUCUACUGUGGAGUGCUGCAGACAAGGAGGUGAUCCGCUCUGGAUGGGAGAGCCAUCUGAGUCUGGGGGCAGGUCAGAGGUCUGCUGCUGGACCCUCGCUCCAGGGAGAAGAGGAUUCUAUGCACUUUGGUCAGCAUAUAGGUGAAACUCCAGAUCCGGUUCCACUGCAGGAACUGCAGCCCCCCGCUUUGACUCCACGGACCGUAGAGGACGAGAGCCUCCAACCCCAAGAGGAGGAGCACGAGCUCCCCGGCCCGUCGGCGCGGACCUUGGAGCGCUACCUGAAUGACUCUCUGCACGCUUGGUUCCGCCAGGAGUUCCUGAUGGAGUAUGAGGCUGAGGCCGGCCGCCUGCUCUGCAUGGUGUGUGGAGCAGUACUCCCCUCACUCCACUUGGAUCACAUAAAGAGCCAUGUGCUGGAAACCCACCCCAACUCGCUGGUGUACAGCUCAGAGGAGAAGCACUGCAUCCUACAGGCCUGGGCCCAGACCCACGGUGAACCAGACUCGGUCAAGCCAGAACCUACACCCAACACCAAAGCAAAGGGGGCGGACAUUUUCACAGAAGACCUUAAGACGGUUCCAAUCAACGCUGACAUGUUCCCAGAGGGUGACAGCACUUUAACUCAGGACAUUCGUCUGAUCGGUGAGGAUGGAGGGGUCGGGGCCCCACGCCUGCCAUCCCAGCCUCUCCGGCAGUCCAGGAAGAGGCGCCUGAGAGGGGGUGACCCCUGGCGACUUCGCCUCGACUAUCUAGUAGCCUAUGGGCCCCAAGACCAGGGCACUUUUUGCAUGGUGUGUUCUCAGGUCUUGCAUGAAAGCAAGGUGAGCAGCUUCCGUCGCCACAUUCAGGAAUGCCACCCUGAGACUACGACGCUGAGCCGACAAGAAAGAGAAGCAAUGGCUGCUGCCUGGACCAAAGAUUCGUCUGCUGAUGGAAUGCAAAUACCAGAUGGUUCUGGGUAG